GCGGCCGUGGCAGCUGCACGGCUCCUGGCCCUGGAGCAUGCGCGAGAGCCGCCCCGGAGACCCCAGCCGCCCCGCUUGCGGCGCCCCGCGCCCCGCCGCCAGCGCACCCCCGGACGCUAUGGCCCACCCCUCCGGCCGGCCCCGCGUGUAGGAUGGUAGCACACAACCAGGUGGCAGCCGACAAUGCAAUCUCCACGGCAGCAGAGACCCGACGGCGGCCAGAGCCUUCCUCCUCCUCCUCUUCUUCCUCCUCCUCGCCCGCGGCCCCUGCGCGCCCGCGGCCCUGCCCGGCUGCUCCGGCUCCGACCCCGGGCGAGACGCACUUCCGCACGUUCCGCUCGCACGCCGACUACCGGCGCAUCACCCGGGCCAGCGCUCUCCUGGACGCCUGCGGCUUCUACUGGGGACCCCUGAGCGUGCACGGGGCGCACGAGCGGCUGCGCGCCGAGCCCGUGGGCACCUUUCUGGUGCGCGACAGCCGCCAGCGGAACUGCUUCUUUGCCCUCAGCGUGAAGAUGGCCUCGGGCCCCACGAGCAUCCGCGUGCACUUCCAGGCCGGCCGUUUCCACCUGGACGGCAGCCGCGAGAGCUUCGACUGCCUCUUCGAGCUGCUGGAGCACUACGUGGCGGCGCCGCCCCGCAUGCUGGGGGCCCCGCUGCGCCAGCGCCGUGUGCGGCCGCUUCAGGAGCUGUGCCGCCAGCGCAUUGUGGCCACCGUGGGCCGCGAGAACCUGGCGCGCAUCCCCCUCAACCCCGUCCUCCGGGACUACUUGAGCUCCUUCCCCUUCCAGAUCUGACCGGCCGCGCACGCAGCAUUAACUGGGGCGUCUUAUUAUUUUCUAUUAUUAUUAUCUCCCUGGAACCACGUGGGUGCCCUCCCCGCCUGGGUUGGAGGGAGAGGGUGUAGGGGGCGAGGCGCCUUCUACCCUGGGUUGGAGACAAGGCCGCAGACCCCUCCCCACCUCUUGUGGGGGUGCCCCCUCCCGGUGCUCCCUCUGGGUCCCCCUGGUUGUCGUAGCAGCUUAACUUAAUUGUAUCUGGGGCCAGGACCUGAACUCGUACCUCCUACCUCUUCAUGUUUACAUAUACCCAGUAUCUUUGCACAAACCAGGGGUUGGGGGAGGGUCUCUGGCUUUAUUUUUCUGCUGUGCAGAAUCCUAUUUUAUA